UUUAGCGCCUCCUGCUGGAGAGAGGCCUGUGUCUGCCAGUGUCUGUACUUUCUGAAUUUUGGAAGUUGUAAUGUUAUAACAUUAUCAGCAUGAGUAAUAAGCCUGUGGUGGCUGCGUUUUUUGGUAUCCCAGCAAGUGGUAAGACUACUUUAGUUGAUCAGGUCGUGCAAGACAUGCUAAAGGACAGCGAUGAAGGCUACGAUCACCCACCCUGGUUCCCGUGUGUAAUACGCUACGACUCUGUUAUGAGUUUGAAGGAACAAGAACAGAUGAGCACGUGCAGUGGCCUGAUGAAACGUGUCCGGCAACAGUUCCUGUCUGCUGCAGAAGCAUUGAUCGCUUGGGUGUUGGGAAAAUCCACCACGGAAAAGAACCCUCUAUGGCAAUCCCUGAGAAGUGGUAUCACUCGACAAGCGGAGCCAGGCGAAAGGCCCGUGUUCCUAGUGGACGACAAUCUAUACUACAGGAGCAUGCGUCACGAGUGGUUCACCAUUGCCCAAAAGAUGUCUCUCUGUUUCUGCCAGGUGUUUGUAGCGUGUCCUGUGGAAGAGGCAGUCAAACGGAAUGCUAUGCGUCCUUGCUCUGUGCCUGAAACAGUCGUCAGACGCAUGGAAGAGCGUCUAGAACCACCUGGAAACCGUUACUGGGAGCAAGCGUGUAUCACAGCACAUAGCUUGCCCUUGGGCUCUCGCCAUUCCUAUCUGCUAAGAGCCAUCUUGGAUUGCCCUGAGGCUCCAUGCAUUCCCAGCACCGCUGACCUCUCUGCUGACCCUUCUCUGCUACACAUGUGGGAUUUGGCUCUGCGCCGUGCUGUAACAGUCGCUAUGAAGGAUCUGCCCAGGGACGCUUCAGUCUCAUUGGAAAUGUGCCGUGUGCGCCGUCAGAUCCUCGCUUGGGCUCGCUCCGAGGGGUCUGCACUUUCAUCUCCACCCAAUGUGGAUGCUCUCGUGGCACUACUGCAGGCUCACACCAUAAUGUCUCAUAAAUAAAUCUUGUUUUUCGGCA